AUGGCUAUGGCUUUCCCCAAGAUUACUGUCUUCUUCUUCGUUAUUCUUCCUGCCAUUCUCUUGCUUUCUUCUUCAACAGUCAAAUGUGAUGAAGUAGAAGACAAUCUACUCCAAGGCAUCAACAGCUACCGAACAUCCCAAAACCUGCAGCCACUCGCCAAGAACAACAACGCGAAUUGCUUGGCAGACGAAAUUGCAGACGAUCUAGAGGACCAGCCUUGUAGUCCCACCGCAUCCACCACACCACAAUUAUCCAGUUACAGGGAUCAGUUGUCAAAAUGCAAAAUCGACCCCAACACGACAACUGAUGCGGUGGUACUGCCGGUUUGUGUCCGCGAUUUAGUGCCAACUCUGGUCCUAACAAACUACACCCGGACUCGAUACGCUAGAUACCUGAAUGACUCCAAGUACACGAGAGUUGGUGUUGGUUCUGAGGAUGAUUGGAUGGUUGUUAUCUUGACCACUGAUACGCCUACUGGAAGUUUCACUAAUGGAGCCGCUGCUAUGGCUGCUGCUGCUUUGGUUUUUGGUAGGAACUAUAUGAGUAAGUACAUGUUGGGUUGGGUAGGGUUGUGGUCUUGUGGAGGGGUAAUUAAGGGUGGAGUGGCGGUGUAA